AUGAAAGCUCUCAUUCUCGUUGGGGGCUUCGGCACCCGUCUGCGACCCCUCACCCUCACCCUCCCCAAACCCCUCGUCGAGUUCGGCAACAAGCGAAUGAUCCUACAUCAGAUCCAAGCAUUAGCUGCUGCAGGAGUCACAGAUAUUGUCUUAGCCGUCAAUUACCGACCAGAGGUAAUGGAAAAGUACCUGGUGGAAUACGAACGCCAAUUCAAUGUCAAAAUCACCUUCUCAAUCGAAUUAGAGCCCCUUGGCACAGCUGGACCUCUAAAGCUGGCAGAAGAUAUCCUAGGGAAAGACGAUGCGCCAUUCUUCGUUCUGAACUCUGACGUGAUCUGCGAAUAUCCCUUUGCCGAGCUUGCUGCUUUCCACAAGUCGCAUGGCGACGAAGGUACCAUCAUCGUCACGAAGGUUGAGGAGCCGUCCAAGUACGGUGUGGUGGUACACAAGCCAAACCAUCCAUCGCGAAUUGACCGAUUCGUCGAGAAGCCCGUUGAAUUCGUAGGCAACCGUAUCAAUGCCGGUAUCUACAUUCUGAACCCCAGCGUGCUUAAGCGCAUCGAAUUACGCCCUACCUCCAUCGAGCAAGAAACUUUCCCUGCAAUUUGCGCAGAUAGACAACUCCAUUCGUUCGAUCUGGAUGGUUUCUGGAUGGACGUUGGUCAGCCCAAGGAUUUCCUUUCCGGAACAUGUCUCUACCUCUCCUCCCUCACGAAGAAGGGGUCCAAGGAACUCACGCCUAUAAGCACAUCAUUUGUACAUGGCGGUAACGUUCUCAUCGACCCAUCUGCAAAGAUCGGCAAAAACUGCAGAAUUGGCCCCAACGUCACCAUCGGCCCAAAUGUAGUCGUCGGCGAUGGUGUCCGCCUGCAGCGCUGCGUCCUCCUCGAAGGCGUAAAAGUCAAGGAUCACGCCUGGAUAAAGAGCACAAUCGUCGGCUGGAACUCUACCAUCGGAAAAUGGGCACGGUUGGAGAACGUCAGCGUGCUGGGCGACGAUGUUACAAUUGGCGACGAGAUAUAUGUCAACGGAGGCAGCAUCCUACCGCACAAGAGCAUCAAAGUCAACGUCGACGUGCCGGCGAUUAUUAUGUGA